AGAGGGAGCGGCGACGGCCAGGGAGAGACUGCGUAAACUGUCAACUCCGGCAGUACAUAAACGAAUAGUAGAAGAAAAAUCGAAAAUGUCGGGGGUCUAUCAACACUACUCGGUUAAAACAGUGUGCAUCAUGUUGAAUAACUACCAGCAUACUUAGACUGCAUGCGUUCCUAACAUUUACCCAGCGGAAGUUACUGCAAUAGGAAGUUUGAAAAAAAGAAGUUAAGAAACGCAAAAGACAAGUUGGGUAUCAAGUUCAGCGAAACGUCGCCUCGAAAGGGGACCGAAGCAAGAGAUGGACACGCACGUUAAAGAAGGGCAACUUUACGUACAACACCAAAAGUUUGGCAAGAAAUGGAAGAAGAACUGGUUCGUGCUGUACCCGGCCAGCCAGAACGGCAUUGCACGGCUCGAGUUCUUCGACUGCAGCAGCGGCAGCGAGAAGCCGAACACCAAGAAGCUGGACAAGAAGAUCAUCCGUCUGUCGGAGUGCAUCAGCAUCCUGCCGGCGCUGACCGAGACCUGCCCCAAGGACAACAUGGCCGCCUUCUGCGUGGAGACCAACGACAAGACCCACGUGUUCGCCGCCGAGAAGCAUAUCAGCGCCGAGUGGGUGGAGAAGAUGUGCGAGAUCGCCUUCCAGGGUGGUGGUGGGACUGACUCCAACGGCCAGCAGGAGCUUCAGAUGGCAGAGAACCUUAUCUACUACUCCAGAGAAGAAGUGAAUGAGUUCUGGGUGAGCGUGCAGCGGACGGAGGCGUCUGAGCGCUGUGGCCUGCAGGGGGCGUACUGGCUGAAAGCUGACAGCGACAGCCUCAUCCUGAAGGAGCCCAAGACCAAGAGGAGCCUGCUGGUGUGGCCGUACAAGCUGCUGCGCCGCUACGGCCGCGACAAGGUAAUGUUCUCCUUUGAAGCCGGCCGGCGCUGUGAGUCGGGUCCCGGGAACUUCACCUUCGAGACCAAGCAGGGCAACGAGAUCUUCGGCAUCGUGGAGGGGGCGAUCCGGGAGCAGAAGGCGCAGGCGGAGGAGAGGCACCAGAGCUGCCCGUCGCUUGAGUCCGACUGCCCCGCCCUGCAGCAGGCGCGCGCCACCAUCGCCGAGGGCAACCGCGACCCGGACGUGGACUCCGGUGGGAGCAAGCCGGGCUCGGCUGAUGGCGUUUUCGGCAGGAGGGAGGGGGAGGGGAAGAACCUGAAGGGCCGCAGCCUGCCGGAGCCGCCGCCGGCAGUCAGCGGCACCCCGCCGCGCUCGCCGCUGCCCCGUGGGCCUCGCACUGGCGCCCCCCUGCUGCCGGAGGACCAGAGCAGCCUGUACUCAGAGCCGGCCGACUCGGUGCGCGUGCCUGCCUCCCCCGCCGACUGCCUGUACUCCGACCCCGUGGACAGCAUCAAGGUGCCUACCCCGGCCCCCCGGCAGCGGCCCCCGGGUGAGGGCGGCAAGCCGGAGCCGCUGUACUCCGACAUCUAUGACCGCGUGAGCCUGGACUUGCUGCAGCGCACUGGCGCCCUGGGCCUGGAGGUGCGGCCGCGCAACGGGGCGGGGCAGGCCGAGGGCGCAGCCGUCGAGCACAUCUACGACGAGCCGGAAGGCCGCGGGGGGGUGCCCGGGGGGGCCACGCUGUACGACGAGGCACGGCUGGAGCCCAACGCCUGGAGGAGCCGGGGGCUGGAGGAGCCACUGCAGGGCCACGAGGUACCCUACAACCCCAGCACCGAUGACUACUCGGUGCCGGCCUACAGCAAGCCACCCCGCAGCAAGGGCCCCAAGCCGCUCACUGCCCCCAAGCCCACCAAGGUGCUGCUGCCCCGCAAGGACCCCCCCCAGCUGCCCCAGGGCAACGCCAACAACAACAACAGCAGCCCGGGCAGUGGUGGCAAGCACGUCGAGCUGUACAGCCAGGUGUCCCGGCCCAAGGUCCAGCCCAGCACCUGGUACCCGCACUCCAGCCUGCAGUCACCUGACAUCAUCUACGACAACCUGGGGAACAUUUAACCCUGCCCCCCCCCCCCCCCCCCCAGCCGGGCCAGCUGAGGGUUACGCGAGACGGCUUCUCUCCUGCCACCUCCCUGCUACCCCCAGGAGCGGCGGGCUAGCUGGAAAGACUCAGUGUGGCCCUCGAUACCCAGGGCAGGACUCAGUGUGGCCCUCCACACCCAGGACAGGCCCUGAAGUGAGACCCAUCACCCCCCACAGACCUGUUUGUGCUGAUGUGGAAUAUGCGAACGCUUCUGAGAGACGGUGACAGAGUCCCGCCCCGUGAAUGUGGCGGGCGUGGCGGUGUCGUUGGCCUGCUUCCUCCUCGGCGGCGGCGGCGGCAGCCUGGGAGCUGUGUGUAGAGUACGGCGCUGCAGAAUGCCGUGUGAUCAGUGGGGUGCUGGUUUUGUGUGUGUGUGCUGUUUCAGCAGUUCCCUCUCUUUUUUCCUGACCUGGAGUCCACUGGCCCCGAGGCUCAGCUUUGGCCCUGUUCCUUUCGCUGCUGCUGAGAGCGCCC